CUACAAUCAUUUUCAACAGUUACGCACGUCCAGAGUGAGGGGUAGAGAGAGAGCGCCCAAACACAGAUUCCCACCUCAGCCCCAAGCCUCAUUGAGGACACACCCAUUAUCCGCGCACCGGGUUGGCUUGACACAGCCCGCCCUUUUAGCUAUAUUCUAGCUACUUUUCAACUACUUUCAGCCGACUUGCAGCCAACAGCCAAUAGAACCUGCAGUGUACUGAGACAGACAUGCGCCUAAUGGCACGAGGCAGUAAGGCAAAUGAAACAUCAGCGCCACGGAUGAACUAGACCGGACUCUUGGUCCCCUAGAAAAGCAGGGUCUUUCCGCUCGCGAACCGUCUUUCCACGCAAUUCACCUUCUACUACUUCAAUCAUUCUCUGCUAGUAUCUUAGGUUCUACCACUUCUAUCAACAUGGAUCCCCUCAGUAUCGUUGCAUCCGUCAUCGCCGUCAUUGGAGUCCUCAAGGGCACCUACAAGACCCUGGACAACAUCAAAGACCUCCCAAAGGCCUUUAGCGAAGUCAAAAAGAACCUGCCUCUGGUCCGAAAAAUCCUCCAGGACGUUCGCGAUAAGCUCGAGGAUUCUGAAGUCUUGAUCCCGGAGGACGAACGCGAGUCCGUCCUUGCCAUACUUCAACCGUGCGACAAGUCUGCCACUACACUCAAACGAAUCUUCGGAGAGCUUGAAGAGAGGUGCAGGAAGGAUCAGGCCGAAAAAAACUGGACGAAAAUGCGUACUUGGUACUGCACUGCUCUACGACGUACCAAGGCAAAUCGGGUCGAAAGUCUGAUGAAUGAGAUUAUGAGCGGCGUGCAAAAGUUGGGCUGGAACGAGAUAUUUAAUCUUUCGAAAUCACAAGACAUGGAGGAUUUGAAAAGGGCCAUCAAGGAUCUCUCGGAGGUGGAACCAUCUUUAGAAGACUCUGAAUUCGACAACAUGGGCGUCAUCAAUGCCGAACAGCACGUCGCCUCGAAUGCCAGCGCCCAGCAGUACUUUGCGCAAGGUGGCACCAAUUCUUACUACUCGGGGACAUAUAACAUCACUGGUACUAGUGCCACUGUCAACAUUGGUAAGGAGUCUUGAAGCUGUUGGUGGGAGGCGGGUGGUGGACCGUUGCUCAAUAGCGCCUUAGGGUUGUUGUGUAACGUACGUUAACCAUAGUUCAAUGACUAGACAAUAGAAUCAUCAUGCAAUGCCGAG